AUGUCUGCGGCUUCGAACCAACCACGACCUGUCGUCUGUGUCUUUUGCGGUUCUGCUGCUGGAAAGUCCCCCGCCCACAUCGAGGCUGCCCGCUCCCUCGCCCAGCUAUUCCACAGGGAAGGAGUCAAACUCGUCUAUGGAGGAGGCACGGCUGGCCUUAUGGGCGAAGUUGCUCGGACGUUGGUCUCACUUUCAGGGCCGGAAUCAGUUCAUGGCAUUAUCCCGUCGGCUCUCGUAAAGAUUGAGAAUGGCCACCAGACCCCACUGGCUACUACUGACAAGCGUGCUGGCAAGCUGCCAGAGAGGACUGAAUCUACGAAUGUCAACACUGCGGAGUCUGGAGGGAUGAGCAGCUUUGUAAAUCCGGAAUAUGGCAUGACUACCAUCGUACCGGACAUGCAUACCCGCAAGCGUAUGAUGGCCGGCGAAGUCAUCUCUGGUGGUCCCGGAAGCGGGUUCCUGGUGUUGCCUGGAGGAUUUGGCACGAUCGAGGAGGCCAUGGAGAUGACUACAUGGAAUCAACUGGGCAUCCACGAUAAGGGGAUAGUUCUCCUGAACAUCGAUAACUACUGGGAUGGUGUUCUUGCGUGGGUUGACAAGAGCGUCGAGCAGGGUUUUGUGAGCACUGUGAAUAAGGAGAUAUUGGUGGAAUGUAAGGAUGUAGAGCAUGCUCUUGAUGCGCUGAGGAAUUACAAACUAAGCCAGGGCCGUUUUGGGCUAACCUGGGAGGUGGAAUUCGGAAAGGAUAAGUGA